CUUAAUAAAAGAAUCAACCGCUAACAGAUUAUGUAAUCUACUCAUCACAUUCAGAAUACGUAGCCGUCACACCGCACUGAAAAACAAGUAUUGUCAGGGGUGCAGAGUGCUUUUGCCUGGCUCAAGCAUAACAUCACCUGAGAAAUAAUUAAAUUACUAUGAAUGGAAAUUAUUAGAAUACCCUGUGUUACCUAAAGAUAGUGACUGGAAAAUGACUAGGCAACUACGACAGCCCCUGGGAAAGGUGCGCGCGCAAUACGUUUGCUCUCGUUAAAGCGUAUCUAAUAGACUUUCAAUUGAUUUUUGUGAUCUAAAACUGCCGCUUAAGGGUGCAUUGGGAAUGUGUUUGUAAAUGAGGAAGCGUAGGAGCGCUGCGAUGUCCUGCUGGGGGCGCGGGCGGCGGGCAUCCGCCUGACGUCACCGCAUCUCCAUCAUAACCUUCGCUCCGGAGCGGAGAUCUCCCGGACAUCUCACGGUAAGGAUGGCGACCCAGGAGCAGCAUCCCAACGACACCUUGGCGAGCCUGCAGACGGAGUCCGAGACCUUGAAGACUAAGUUGGAGGAGGAAAGAGCCAAGCUGCACGAUGUCGAACUCCAUCAGGUUGCUGAGAAAGUAGACCCACUUGGUCAGUUUGUUCUGAAGACGAGGAGGACACUAAAAGGACAUGGAAAUAAAGUCCUCUGCAUGGACUGGUGUAGAGACAAGCGAAGGAUAGUGAGCUCGUCUCAGGAUGGAAAAGUGAUUGUGUGGGAUGCAUUCUCAACCAAUAAGGAACACGCUGUAACCAUGCCCUGUACCUGGGUGAUGGCCUGCGCUUACGCCCCCUCUGGCUGUGCUGUGGCCUGCGGAGGUUUGGAUAACAAGUGCUCAGUUUACCCUCUCUCCUUGGACAAGAACGAGAAUCUGGCUGCAAAGAAGAAGUCAGUGGCAAUGCAUACCAACUACCUGUCAGCCUGCUGCUUCACCAACUCUGACAUGCAGAUCCUGACCUCGAGCGGCGACGGGACGUGCGCUCUGUGGGACGUGGACAGCGGGCAGCUGCUGCAGAGCUUCCACGGCCACGGCGCCGACGUGCUCUGCCUGGACCUGGCCCCCUCUGAAACAGGCAACACUUUCGUCUCGGGGGGCUGUGACAAGAAGGCCAACGUGUGGGACCUGCGCUCAGGACAAUGCAUCCAAACCUUUGAAACCCAUGAAUCAGACAUCAACAGCGUGAGGUACUACCCCAGCGGUGACGCCUUCGCCUCGGGCUCCGACGAUGCCACCUGUCGGCUCUUUGACCUGCGGGCGGACAGGGAGGUUGCCAUCUAUUCAAAGGAGAGCAUCAUUUUCGGAGUGUCGAGUGUGGACUUCUCCCUUAGCGGUGAGUGUUCAAAAGGCAAAUCAAUCUACCCCUGCGCUCUACACGCCCCAUUAAGCUCAUCGGGCACAGCCAAUCGUCACACUGUUCGCAGGAUGCCUUCUUUUCGAGGUUUAAACUCGGGUGGCAUGGUUGGGUAGCACCCUAGCCUCACA